GGCGGUUUUCUCCUCGCUCUUGCUCCUCUUUGGUGUUGUCUCUCAUUGUUGAUGGUGGUUCGUCCUCAUUAUUAGUAGAUCCUUUAUGCUUUUCCACUCGCUUCGGGUUGGACUUGCUCGUCUUGCACUCGCCGAAUCAACACUCUCGACCGCAUCACGUCGAAUUUUGUGUACAACCUCAGCUCGAGCUCCGACUGACGACAGCAAGCAGCAGCAGCAGUUCGAUCGUUACACACGGCAAUCCGACGGUCCACUUACUGAUCAGAAGAGAGCAUUUCAACAACACAACAUUAAGAAAAUGAGAGAUACACAAUAUGGUGACAGAUACGGAGGAGGAGGUGGAGGCCGUGGAGGUUAUGGUGGCGGCGGACGUGGAGGAAGCGGAAGUCGUGGCGGAAGCAGUGGACGAGGCGGUGGGUAUGAAAGUCGUGGAGGCUACGACAGUCGUGGCGGCGGUUACGAUAGCCGUGGUGGUUACGACCGUGGCGGUUACGAAAGCCGAGGCGGUGGCGGUGGCUACGGCGGUGGAGGUUAUGGUGGCGGAGGCAGUCGCGGCUUCGGUGGCGGCGGCGGAGGUAGAGGAGGUGGUGGCGGAGGUGGCGCCAGUAAUCCCGGUGGCCGUCUUCGCGACAUCGACUGGAGCAAAGAGAACCUCAAGCCGAUCCAGAAAAAUUUCUAUCAUGAGAAUGCCGCCGUUGCUCGCAGGGACCAGUAUAUAAUCGACCAGUGGAUCUCAGAAAAUCAAGUCACUUUGGACGGUCGCGGCAUACCACGCCCGAUCUUCGAAUUCAGUGAAUCAUCUCUACCCAAUGAGCUUACUGAUUUACUCUAUGCAAAGUUCCAAAAGCCCACUGUGAUUCAAUCGAUAUCGUGGCCGAUCGCAAUGAGUGGUCGUGACAUCGUUUCGAUCGCUAAAACCGGUUCCGGGAAAACGUUGGCGUUCAUGCUGCCCGGUAUUGUUCACACCACAAAACAACCGCCCAGAGGCCGCAAUGAGGGUCCAUCAGUACUCGUUUUGCUACCUACUAGAGAGUUGGCUCAGCAAGUGCAGGAGGUGUCUGUUGACUUUUGCAAUCAUCUUGGUUUGAAAAUGACUUGUUUGUUCGGUGGAGCAUCGAAAGGGCCACAAGCUCGUGACCUAGAACGAGGUGUUGACAUCGUAGUCGCGACACCAGGUCGUCUUUUGGACUUCCUCGACAAUGGUACUACCAAUAUGAAACGGUGUUCUUACUUGGUGCUUGAUGAAGCUGAUAGAAUGCUCGAUAUGGGUUUCGAGCCACAGAUUCGCAAAAUUAUAGGACAAAUUAGACCUGAUCGUCAGACUCUUAUGUUCUCCGCUACUUGGCCGAAAGAAGUGCGCAAUCUUGCAUCAGAUUUCCAACAUGAUGCCGCUUUCCUAAAUGUUGGCUCAAUGGAGCUCGCUGCAAACCAUAAUAUUACUCAGUAUGUCGAUGUUAUUGAAGAACAUGCCAAGCAACCACGCUUGAUGCAACUCUUGAAUGAUAUUAUGAAUCAGCCCGAAUGUAAAACCAUUAUCUUUGUGGAAACAAAACGUAAAGCAGAUGAUUUGACCAGAUGGAUGCGACGCGAUGGUUGGCCAACGCUAUGUAUCCAUGGUGAUAAGAAUCAGGGAGAACGUGAUUGGGUGUUGAGUGAAUUCAAAGCUGGCAAGACUCCGAUCAUGCUAGCCACAGAUGUUGCAGCACGUGGAUUAGAUGUCGAUGACAUUAAGUAUGUUAUUAACUAUGACUACCCUAAUAAUUCGGAAGAUUACGUCCAUCGUAUUGGACGAACAGGUCGUCGUGAGAAAAAGGGAACCGCCUACACCUUCUUCACCCCUCAAAAUGCCCCUAAAGCCCGAGACUUGAUAAAAGUGUUAGAUGAAGCCGGACAAGUAGUCCCUCAAGCCCUCCGAGACCUACAAGCCAGAGCUGGAAGUGGAGGAAACAGUCGAGGUCGAUGGGGUGGUAGUGGAGGUGGAAUGAAGCGUGGAUAUAAUGGAGGAGGAGAUGACUACGCCGCCAAGAAAGCCCGAUAUGAUGGUGGCGGUUAUGGCGGUGGCGGCGGCGGUGGACGAUGGUAAAUAUGAAUGAAACAAAGAAAUCUGUUCUAUAUAGCUUAUUGUGUGUGAAACUAUGAUCUUCAUUAUGUAUCCAAUACAUUAAUAAUAAACGUGUUACUUGUUAGUGAAUAAAACUAAUAAGUUGAUUGUUUUCUUAUGUGAUUGAUUUGUGACUGAUAGUCGAUUUUAACCUGAAAAUAAAAAUAUUUG